AUGUCUCUAUUACUAUAAAUUGCUUUUCCUUAUCCUUUUCCUUUUAGGAUUGCCAUCUAUUUUCAUAAUCUUUUGCAAUGCAGAAAUAUAUUCAAAUAAUUUUAAGGAUAUUAGUAGACUAACUACUUUGCUAAUUGUGAUGAAUGUAUAAUUACUGUCAAAGAAGAGCAAACCUAAUAUUUCAUUUAAACUAAAUCUGAUCAAAUUUUGACUAGCUUUACUGAGUUAAGCAAAGCUUUAAAUAAAACAAAAAGGUAAAAAUAUUCAUAAUUUUGGAAGAAAUAAUCAGGUAAAAUAACUUUCUUUAUUGAUGAUUAAAAUAGAAGUACAAAUAUGGAUAAUCUAGAAAUAAUUCAAUUUAAAUGA